CGGCCACCGCGGGUCCUCGGCUCCGGAGGCGUCGGUCGCGGCCUCGUGAGGUGACCCGGGCGUCAGGGACGGCGGCCCGGACCCACUGCGCCCAUCCGAGCGGGACGGGCCCAGCGUGGCGAGGAGGCACCUCGAUAGCCGCCCGGGGAGCCAUCUCGGGCCUAUUUUUUUUUCCUUUUUUGUCUCCAGGACCUUCCCUCCGCGCGCCCCGUUUCCCUCUGCAGAGACCGCGACGCCCCCUCCCGGGCCGGGCCGCCGUGCUUGCCCGCCUGAAAGGCGCCGCCCGCCGGCCGGAGCGAACCGGGAGCGGCCGCCGUGCCCGCCGCGCUCUCGCGGAGCCUGGUCGGCCGGUGGGGCCGGGGCCCUGGGCACCGGGCGCGGCGCUGCGGCGGCCGCUCCUCCCGCGCGGGACGCUGGGCCCCGGGCCUGGCCGGACCGAGGGCCGCCUCCUCCUGACCCGCCGCGGGGUCCCGGCCGGCCCCUCCGGGCCCGUUUGCAGCUUGCACCCGGCUUCCUUUGUGGGCCCCUCCUCGCCUGGCCCUCGCCCUGCAGGUUCACCCAGAGCCGCCCGCCGCGGGGCCGGGGAUGUGCCCACAGUGACGGCGGCGGCGAGCCGGACCCGCGCGCGGAGAGCCCCGGCCCGGGGGCCAGAGCACGGCCUCCCCGCCCGCCCCGGCCUCGCACCCGGAGCCCCGGAGCGGGGGCAGACGCCGGGGAAGAUGUGGCUGAAGCUCUUCUUCUUGCUCCUCUACUUCCUGGUCCUGUUCGUCCUGGCCAGGUUUUUCGAGGCCAUCGUGUGGUAUGAAACUGGCAUCUUCGCCACCCAGCUGGUGGACCCGGUGGCUCUGAGCUUCAAGAAGCUGAAGACCAUCCUGGAGUGCCGGGGUCUGGGCUACUCCGGGCUCCCCGAGAAGAAGGAUGUCCGGGAGCUGGUGGAAAAGUCAGGUGACUUGAUGGAAGGUGAGCUCUAUUCUGCACUCAAGGAAGAAGAAGCAUCUGAAUCUGUUUCCAGUACCAAUUUCAGUGGUGAAAUGCACUUCUAUGAGCUUGUAGAAGACACAAAAGAUGGCAUCUGGCUGGUUCAGGUCAAUGAGUGGUCAUUGAAGAUAAGAAAGGAAAUGAGAGUUGUUGACAGGCAAAUAAGAGACAUUCAAAGAGAAGAAGAAAAAGUGAAACGCUCUGUGAAAGAUGCUGCCAAGAAGGGUCAGAAAGACGUCUGUGUGGUCCUGGCCAAGGAAAUGAUCAGGUCAAGGAAGGCUGUCAGCAAGCUCUAUGCAUCCAAAGCUCACAUGAACUCUGUGCUCAUGGGGAUGAAGAACCAGCUGGCGGUUUUGCGAGUGGCCGGUUCCCUGCAGAAGAGCACAGAAGUGAUGAAGGCCAUGCAGACUCUCGUGAAGAUCCCGGAAAUCCAGGCCACCAUGCGGGAGCUGUCCAAAGAGAUGAUGAAGGCAGGGAUCAUAGAAGAGAUGUUGGAGGACACUUUUGAAAGCAUGGAAGACCAGGAAGAAAUGGAAGAAGCAGCAGAAAUGGAAAUUGACAAAAUUCUGUUUGAAAUUACAGCAGGGGCCUUGGGCAAAGCACCUAGUAAAGUGACUGAUGCCCUUCCAGAGCCUGAGCCUCCAGGAGCCACGGCCGCCUCAGAGGAGGAGGAGGAGGAGGAGGAGGUGCUGGAGGCCAUGCAGUCGCGGCUGGCCACGCUCCGCAGCUAGGGCCGCCCGCUGAGCCUGAAGCUCUCCAUGGCCAGCCCGCCGGUGUGCGCACUCCGCUGAGCGGCCGCUGUUUAUGUAUCUCUUGCACUACGCCUCUGGAGGAAGCUUUGCGUUCUGGAGAAGGUUUUCUUCACUCUCUGCAGAGGUUUUGGGGUCUCAAAGGAUUGUUCUGGGGACGUGAUGUAAUAAAUGCAUCAUUUACUGGAGUAGAAACAGAAGAAUCUUUGGAGGGAGGGCAAGAAUUUGGUCUUCUCGAAAAACACUUCUGAGAAUAGAAUUCAUUGCCUGAUGUUGAGGACUCUGUACAUUUUUUUGUCUGUAAAACACUAUAUAAAUGGGUUUUAAUAAAUUUCUGCUUUAACACUUGGUCUCCUUUUAGGUUAUCAUGUGCAAUGAACUUUCCAGGUAUUGGCUCUUCCAAAUUAUUUCAUUAUGGAAAUAAUGUGGAAAGAGAGCAGAAGACUUGGAAGCUCAGGAGAAGGGCUUCUCCCCUGUAGAUGCUUCUCCCCAGCCUUCACAGGCGUAGCAUGGGGCCGCUGUGUGCUUUUGCCUUCUGUUUAACUAAAAAGAUGCUUGGAAAUUAUGACCCUUUGUCCUGUUUCAAUGGCUGUUUUAACGUCCUGAAGGUUAUGUAGAGGGAGGAUAGGUGGGCUUUCCUUCCCUUCCUUCCCAUUGCAAGUUGUAUCCAGAGCAGAGAGCUAUGAGAUUAGGACCUUUUUGGGUUGCCUGUCCCUGCUUUGAGCUGGUUGUCUUGGGUGCCUGGGAUAUGGGUCUACCUAUAAGUGCUUUCUCUAAGCCAGGGCUGACCAGUGAGAGGCAUGGUGUGGCCAUGCAUUGUAAUCAGCUCUCACACAUCUCAAAUAUUCCUACAUCACAUUUAUAAAUCAGUAGCAAUUUAUAUGUGUUUGACAGUUUAUAAAGCUCUUCAUUUGACACAUGAUUUCACUCAAUCUUUACAAAUAAGAAAAAGAGCUCACCUUGCACAGGAUGCAACCCAGAUCCCUGUGGUCCAGGUCCUUGUACAGGAACCACACAGGAAAAAACCCGGCCGCUCGUCACAGGUUGGUUUUUGUAGAUUGCAUAGAGAAAUCCUGAAGUGUCAGGUGUCCCUGCAGUGAGGCUGUUCUAGUCUUGUCAUGCAAAACGGAAAUCUUGAAUCCAGGGACCGUCCUAUUACUCUUGAUUUUAUCUUCAGAAUCCACUUUGUUUUUUAAGUAAAAAUUUUUUUAGAGCAGUUUCAGGUUCAUAUGACAAUGACUGGGAAAUACAGAGUUCCCAUAUGCCUCCUGCCCCAACUCAUGCUGACUUCCCAUUUCUCCUGUUCACCUCCCACACUACAGAAGUACAUUUGCUACAUUAGUAAUGGCCUCUUCCCAUUACUAAAAUGCAUGUAAGUUUUCUCCAUUUUCUUUGGUGGCUUGGUAGGUCAUUUCUUUUUAUUGCUGAAUUUCCAUUGUUUGGAUGAAUCACACUAUUUGUUCAUCUACUGAAAGACAUCUUAGUUGCUUUCGGGUUUUGGCAACUGUGAAUAAAGCUGUAAAUGU